GGCGGGUGCCCUCGGGGGUGCCGGAGCGGAGGGAGGCGGUGUCCGUGCGACGGCCGGGCGGUGCCCGGGAGGGAGCGGGGAAGGGAGUGUUAGCAGUUAGCGCUGCGACUGCAGCCGGAGUUCUGCUUUCGCGGGGGCUUUAACGGCGGAGCGGAGCUGGGCGAAGGCAGACGGGAGGAGAGGACGGCCGGGGAGGCACGAGCAGGGCGGGCGGAGCGGGACGUCGCGGCUCGGAGCUGCCAUGGGGGAUGCCUUCAUCCGGCACAUCGAGCUGCUGGGCUACGAGAAAAGGUUCUUCCCCAGCCAGCAUUAUGUCUACAUAUUCCUGGUGAAGUGGAACGACCUCUCUGAAAAGCUUGUCUACCGCAGGUUUACUGAGAUAUACGAGUUCCACAAAGCACUGAAGGAGAUGUUCCCUAUUGAAUCCGGGGACAUCAAUACGGAGAAACGGAUCAUCCCGCACUUGCCAGCCCCAAAGUGGUUUGAUGGCCAGCGCUCUACCCAGAACAGGCAGGGCACGCUGGCCGAGUACUGCUACGCGCUGGUCAACCUGCCUCACAAGAUCUCCCGCUGCCUGCACGUGGUCAACUUCUUCAAGGUCCGUCAUGAUGACAUGAACCCUGUCACAGACAGCCAGAUCAGGAAGCCUGAGGUCUUCCUCCUGCCGAAGGAUGCCAAGAAAAACUCCACAGACAUCACGGGCCCCAUUGUCCUGCAGACGUACCGAGCUAUUGCUGACUAUGAGAAAAGCUCUAAAACUGAGAUGGCUCUAGAAGCUGGGGACAUGGUGGAUGUCGUGGAGAAGAGCGAGAGCGGCUGGUGGUUUUGCCAGUUGAAGAAUAAACGGGGCUGGGUGCCAGCAUCCUAUCUGGAGCCGAUGGAUGGGCCUGAUGAGUCUGAAGAGCAGGAGCCCAACUACGCAGGUGAGCCGUACGUUGUCCACAAAAGCUACACAGCCAUGGAGGAGGAUGAGCUGACCCUCAAGGAGGGUGAUGCCAUCGAAGUCAUCCACAAGCUCCUUGAUGGCUGGUGGGUCAUCAGGAAGGAUGAAACCAUGGGUUAUUACCCCUCCAUGUACCUGCAGAAAGCUGGGGAGGUGAACACCUCUGUGAAGAGUGAGCUGAGGAACCGGAGCGCUCCUCCACGGAGAUCUACCAUCCGGAACGCAAAGAGCAUCCACAAGCAGAGACGGAAGCAGAUCAGCCAGGAAACCUACAGGAGGAACAGCAGAAAGUACAUCCAGAGCAGGAGGAACAUGAAGGAGAAUUUCCAGAACAAAGCCAAUGUCAUCAUUGAGAAAAACGAGCCAGAGGAGAACAAGCCCAGGGCUCAACCUGCUGUUCCUCCCCGUCCCAGCAAAGACCUCAUCCUGAACCGCUGCACCGAGAGCACCCGGAGAAAGAUCUCCAUCCACCGUCAUGAUGAGCCCAAGAUGUCCUAAGGACACCAUGGGCAGGGUCCUGCUGCAGCAGCUCCAGGGGAGCUGAGGCCCCCAGAGCCUUGCCACUAGGCCCCCUUUUACCCCCCAUUUGUAUUUUGGAUGAUUUUGCGUUUUUCACCAAUAAAGGAGAGACACUUUA